UAUGUAGCCCUGGCGCGCAUGUACCUCUUGUGGCCCCCGCGGCACGUGUGUCACAAGCGCGCACUGCAUUUUUGAUCGCGAUGCGCGCCGCAGGUGGCGGAGAGCAGGCCGCUUAUGUCAAUCAUGCCGGCUGCAUCUUGACAUAAACCUCCAUCUCUCCCAUCUCGCAGGCUCUCCUCGCUCUUAUGCAUCUUCACACAGCAUGCGCAUGCUGACCUUUAUUGUUAUUUUGCAAGUUACAACUCACCUCGCUCUAGCUGCGUUGAUUAUUCCGAGCACAGAGAUUUCCUUCACCCCGCAGCAAGAGUACACGCUCCCGCAGGACUAUGCGCUGGACGGUCCGCAGUCCGUGUUUGCUGUCAGCUCGCCGGACGACGCACCGACGCCGACAUUUACGUUGAAGGCACGGCCGACGACCAUCUGGCGGCCACGUUCGGCGGAGGUCUACCAGCGUGCGCGGGCGGGCCUGGGGAGCGAGGAGGUCGAGUGGGAGCAGGUGGAGGUUAUGGGGCCGUAUGUCGAAGACAAGCAUACGCUGACUCAGCUGGCUCGGAUGACGGGCAAUGCGUACGCCCUUCCCGGUCAGAAGAACUGGUAUGAGAUCGAUCCUACUUGGAACCAUAGCUUUCCUUUCGGCUGGGAAGACGUGGCGGACGGUUUUCGUGGGCACGUCUUUGCCUCGAUCUCAAAUUCGACCGUCAUCCUCGCGAUCAAGGGCACGACCCUGCAGGGCCCAACGUCCAAGAAGGACAAGUUCAAUGAUAACCUCCUUUUCUCAUGCUGCUGCGCUCGUGUCGAUUUUUCGUGGGUAUUCAGUACCGUGUGCGGAUGCUAUGCAAACCACUGGCGGUGCGAUAACGGGUGCUUGAGCAAGGCGCUGAUCGAGGAGAGCUUGUUCUACAAUGUCGGGGUGGACUUGAUCAACAACCUGACGGCAUUAUAUCCGACUUCCACCAUAUGGCUCGUCGGACACUCCCUUGGCGGCUCGCUGGCAUCGCUGCUCGGGACUACCUUCGGCCUCCCCGCCGUCACCUUCGAGUCUCCGGGCGAGCGGCUCGCUGCACAGCGUCUGCGUCUCCCACUGCCGCCCUCCGCGCAGUCGAACGCCACCGCUGCGUUCGGCGCAUCCCCCGUCACACACGUCUACCACAACGCGGACCCGAUCCCGCAGGGCACGUGCACUGGAGUAAAAUCGCUGUGUGCGCAGGCAGGGUAUGCGCUUGAGACGCGGUGCCAUCUGGGGAAGACGAUAGUGUUUGACACGGUGGGGAAGUUGGGCUGGCGGGUGGACGUGCGGACGCAUACAAUCAAGGAGGUGAUUACCAAGGUGCUGGAGGCACAGGUGGAGGGCGGGUGGGACACGAGUGACGAUGGGGUGGCGUUGGACGUGCCAAUUGCGAGGGAAGAGGUCGACUGUGUGGAUUGUUACAAAUGGGAAUUUGGUGACUUCAAGGACCAUUCGGCAUGCGGCGUUUGACUAGUGCACUCCAAGCACAUAGAUCUAUUCCACGGUGGUAUUCUGCGUGCGUUUGUAUGUAUGUACCUAUAUCCGUCUACUGCACCUGUAUACCGUAUUCUGUAAAAUAGCCAUUAAUAUCAUCCCCGGAAGUCCUUUCCGCCAAUGAGACGACCCUGUACGAAGACUUUCCUUAUAUUGCGAUCAUCUCCGCAGAACA